AUGAGCUCGGAGAAUGCCGCCGCCGAAGAGCCGCGGGACAGGCCCGACGACGGCAGCUCCGACAAAGAACCAGACGCGGACGGAGACGAAGACGAAGACCUCGGCCAGAACCGUCCUUCGACUUCGGCGGAGAGCGGAGGAUACCGAGCCGACUCCGCCGAAAAGGCUCCGGGGUGCGGCGGCCGGCCCAAGAGUCUCUUCUCAUGGCUCCAGAACAGGUCCAUUAGGAGAGGCGUUUUUGUGGACCCGGUACGGGACAACUUCAGAACCAUGACUAGCUUGUACAGCUCCAUGUACCCGGCGGCCGACUCUGUUAACCUUAACACAAGGACCCACGGAGCCGUCUUCAACCUGGAGUACUCGCCAGACGGGUCCGUCUUGACGGUGGCCUGCGAGCAGACUGAGGUCCUCCUCUUUGACCCGGUCUCGUCCCGACACAUUGAAACCCUGACGGAGGCCCACGAGGAUUGUGUCAACAACAUAAGGUUCCUCGACAAUCGUCUUUUUGCCACGUGCUCGGACGACACGACGGUGGCGCUUUGGGACCUGCGAAAGCUCAACUCCAAGGUGUGCUCGCUGCACGGCCACGCCAGCUGGGUCAAGAACAUCGAGUACGACACCAACACGCGCCUGCUGGUCACCUCCGGCUUCGACGGCAACGUCAUCACCUGGGACACCAACAGAUUCACAGAGGACGGCUGCCCUCACAAAAAGUUCUUCCACACUCGCUACCUGAUGCGGAUGCGUCUGACACCCGACUGCUCCAAGAUGCUCAUCUCCACAUCCUCGGGCUACCUGCUCAUCCUGCAUGACCUGGACCUGACGCAGUCGCUGGAGGUGGGCAGCUACCGCAUGCUGCGAGCCCGGCGGACCCCGCUCACGUCAGACGGAGGCGUGCCGGCGUCCCGCUCGGCCGGACCUCGGCACGGGAGCGACUCUGGCAAGCUGCACCCUCACAGAGAAGGCCUUUCUCCCAGGAACAGCCUGGAGGUGCUGACCCCGGAGAUCCCAGGCGAGCGGGACCGAGGAAGCUGCAUCACGUCCCUGCAGCUGCACCCCAAAGGCUGGGCCGCGCUCAUCCGCUGCUCCAGUAACCUGGACGACCGCGAGUGGACGUGCGUGUACGAGUUCCAGGAGGGCGCGCCUCCGCGACCGCCUGUGUCCCCGCGCUGCUCACUGCGCCUGACGCACUACAUCGAGGAGGCCAACGUGGGACGGGGCUACAUCAAGGAGCUGUGCUUCAGCCCGGACGGCCGCCUCAUCUGCUCGCCCUACGGCUACGGCGUGCGCCUGCUGGCCUUCGACGACAGCUGCGGCGAGCUGGCGGAUUGCGCCCCCGUGCCCACCGCCUGCCUGCGAGAGGUGUGCUCCAUCUACUCGCACAGCGACGUGGUGCUCACCACCAAGUUCUCGCCUACGCACUGCCAGCUGGCCUCGGGCUGCCUCAGCGGACGCGUGGCGCUCUACCAGCCCAAGUUCUAG